AGUGAUGAAAUGAAAAGAAAGCCAAUUGCUGGACUGAGGUGGGGGAGAUAGCUGCUCGGAGUCCGCCUGCAACUAUGGAGCAGUCAGUAAUUGCUGGAGACAGGGAGAGCUGGGGGCUGGGCUGAGGUAGCCAUGUAUAAAUAGUGUGAUCUCAAAUUGAAAGGCAUAAAUAACAGCAGGAGUGAUCUAACCCUAUACAGCCCAUCCUCUACGUGCAAAAACAGCGUGCGGAGGACGGCCACAUCUCCGACUGCAAACAAGUGGAUCUCUGUGGAUAAGAUCACCGGGCAGCCAUGGAAGAACUUACGGCUUUUGUAUCCAAAUCUUUUGACCAGAAAAGCAAAGAGAGCAGCAGCGGCAGUGGCAGCAGCAACAAGAAGGAGACGAUUACUUACAGGGAAGUUUUGGAGAGUGGGUUGGCUCGCUCUAGGGAGCUUGGAAACUCUGACUCUAACCUGCAGGACAUGACCGAGAGCAGCAACCAUUGCCCGGUGCAUCUUUUCAAAGACCACGUAGAGAGCGACAAGGACAAACUGAAGGAGUUCAGCACAGGCAGGACGGCGGAAGGGAUCUACGAGUGCAAAGAGAAGAGGGAAGAUGUAAAGUCAGAAGACGAAGAUGGACAGACCAAGCUCAAACAAAGGAGGAGCAGAACCAAUUUCACACUAGAGCAGCUGAAUGAGUUGGAAAGACUUUUUGAUGAGACUCACUAUCCGGAUGCCUUCAUGAGGGAGGAACUAAGCCAGAGGCUGGGACUGUCUGAAGCUAGGGUUCAGGUCUGGUUCCAGAAUAGGAGAGCAAAGUGUCGAAAGCAGGAAAACCAGAUGCACAAAGGUGGGUCGGGGCAGCGGGCCGCAGGGAGGGGAUGGCCAAGGAGCCGCGGGCGCUUCGCCACUCAUCCGUCCCCGUCUCUCUCCGCAGGUGUGAUCUUGGGAACCGCCAGCCAUCUAGACGCCUGCAGAGUGGCCCCCUACGUGAAUAUGGGAGCCCUAAGGAUGCCUUUCCAACAGGUCCAGGCCCAGCUGCAGCUGGAGGGCGUGGCCCACGCGCACCCGCACCUGCACCCGCAUCUGGCGGCCCACGCUCCCUACCUGAUGUUCCCGCCGCCGCCGUUCGGGCUGCCCAUCGCCUCGCUGGCGGAGUCCGCUUCCGCCGCUGCCGUGGUGGCCGCCGCCGCCAAGAGCAACAGCAAGAACUCCAGCAUCGCUGACCUGCGGCUGAAGGCCCGGAAGCACGCCGAGGCCCUGGGGCUCUGACACGCUUCACACCAGACCCCCCCUACGCCAUACCACACCAUAUCCCCACCUCACCCCGGGGCGGGCGGGCGUGUGUGUGACCCGUACGGACCUCCGGUCUGACCCCGCUCAUCCUCCUCUUCCUCCUCCCCGGGCUGCCCUGCCACCUUCUUGUUAUUAUUUUGUUUGUUUUUAUU